GCAAAAAAGUCUAUUCCAUUUGCACACCCUUUUGUGAGUAGCAGCCAUUAGUGUUUAUAGGAGUUUUCCCAUUGAGCAGUCCCUUUCUUCCUCCCCAAAACAACUCAAGGUCCAAUAAAGGGGGAAGCAGACUGAAGUCUCUCUUCCCCUUUUGCCUUGCCAUCAACAGCUGUUCACAAAUUGGUUUCUUAGAUGAAUUUGGAGAAUAGAAUACAUCCUGGGAGUUACUUCCGGUACUCUCCUACUGGAAUCCAUGGUCCACUUCCGAGGUCAUCUUCUCUUACAGAUCGUGAAAGCUACGCAUAUUUACUUCAAGAUGAAAGCAGUGGUUGUGCCUGCAUCUACUACCUUCAACAUGCAUCAGGUCUUAACCAGAUACUUGGCAGAGUUAUUGGGGGAGAGGCAAAAAUUAGGUCCAUUCAUGCAGAUACUUCCUAUAUGCAGUAGGCUUCUAAACCAAGAAAUCAUGCGAGCAACAACAUUGUUGUCCAAUCAGUUCGUGGAUCAGGAAAGGAUGGGACAAGAGAGUCCACAUAGGUGGUCAGUCAGUCAACAUAUGAAUGGAGGUCAGAUAAAUAUGGGUGCAUGGAGUGCAAUGCAAAUUGAGGUAUGA